AUGCACUUAUACAUUAUACUUGUAGCUUCCCCCAUGUCCCUCCCUCCCUUUGAUCAUGAGAAUGAGGACCCAGAUGAGGACAGGAAUGAGGAUGAGAGUGAGGAAGGCAGUGAUGAUUCCAUCUAUGUCCUCAAUUCCCCAGCAAUUAAGGUCAGUUCUUGCAAGGCAUGGACUUUCUCUCAGCAUGGGUUGAGUACCACCCAUCUUCCAUGGCCCAGGCCGAAAAGGCUGAAGGAACCCAAACACGCUGUGAAGAGGCUUGGAUGGCUUCCAUGGCCUUUCAUAAGAACAGAAAUGUGGUUUGCGAAACCAUGUGUUGAUAAUCUAACAAUCACGUUACAUGACGAUAACCCAGCAUGCCCAGGUGUCAGCCAGCCCAUGACAUCAAACUGCUACUUCAAACACAUCAUGGACAAGUGGGUCAGGGCUGGGAAGGGCCUCUAUGACUUUGUUACAAAGCAUAUGACCUCGGCUUUAAAACACCUGGGACAUCAAGAAUUUUUCAAACAAUUUGGGCCACUCCAGUCACAGGCAGAGUUUGAACACCCAGAUAGAGCAGUUCAAGACGAAGUGUUCGCCAAAUUCUUAAAACAACUAUUCAAUGGUCCAUUGCCACUAAGCCUGAAAGAUCUGCACAAUAAGCAUUACAAAGUUGUGGCCAGAGAUGUGUUUGCAGGCUCAAUUCCCAAUGACAUCAUCACCCUUGGGGCAGUGGCUAUUGGCUCUAUUGUGGAAGAAAACUUAUUUUCUGAGAUAUUAUACCUGGGGAAGGAGAUUUCUGCUGUUUCAAGCAACAAAUCUCUUCUUAGCCCUAUGCCAGCCAUGGACUGA